UUUUUUGUUUUCUAGAGAUUUUCACUGAACAGGAUUUUGUGCGACGGUUUUUGCUAUGGAGGACGAUCGAAAAGUUGGCAAUAAGAGCAAGCCUGAAGCAAAAGCCAUUUAUCUGGAGUUGAUUAGUUUUUUGACACACGGUCCAAAGUUCGGCUAUCAUCCUUAUCAACCUUCACCAGCAAACAUGGGCUAUUCAAGCACUGAGCCAGUACCGGCCUAUUUCAAACUCCGUGGACUGGGUUCAGUGCAAGAUCAUCAAAUGCCGUUGGGGUUCUGGCAGGAAUUCCCGCGAGUAGUUGUCAAUAACGAAAAUGACGCCUUUUACAAGAGACCUCACUAUGAAGUGUUGAAUCGACUGAGGGAUUGGGGGUUUGAGUUGCAAUCGUUCACCCAGCAUUUCUACGACCGCAAGCCGUUACGUGGAAGUCGAAGUGAACACCUUUACUAUGUCCUAUGCCGAUACCCAAGCACAAGCACUUCUGCUUCCAGUGCUCAUCAAACGGAUAUUCAAGACGUUACAGUUGAAGUUUCUGCGAACGAACAAGAAGAUGCAUCAUCAUUGAACUCGUCCGGACCUACCGUUGUUCCUAGCCCAAUAAUGAACGCACCAGAAGAUCCAUCAUCAGCACAGGAAAAUAUUGCUGAAAAGCCUGUGCCAGAGGUACCAUCCGACGGGGUACCAGCCAAAUCAGUGGUUUCCGAAACGAUUAAACCCGGGGUUACCUUUUCCUCCUGUAAUUUCUUCCUUGGGACGCACCCAUCAUACCCCAAACCCUAAAUGCGAUUGUUUGUUGUAAUGCAAGCAAAAGAUAUUUUUGAUUCAUUGACAAUAUUGUAAAAAGUGUUCAUAUGGAAUUUUGUAUGGACUCCGCGUGCUCGAUUGAAAUUGUUUUAUACGUACAGUAUUUCUGCGCAUUUUUAAUACUCAGUGAGGUUUGAAUUCCCGAUUUUCUGCCAUGCCAUUUACUUAAACUGGGCUCGAUCUAUACUGAGUUCAUUUUGUUCUUAUCUACCGGAGUGUUUGUCAUGAAAUAAAAUUUUUAAAGUUAUUAAACUUGUAUGCAGCAUGGUGAAAUGAUCAAUUUAUAAUUUCAAAACCACAGAGAAUAAUUUUUCCUUAUAUUCCUUCCUCCUCCUUCCAUAAUAAGGAAUGGAAAACAAAUCGGUG